AUGGCGGGACGUGUACGGCACCCAAUCGACCAGAAGGCUCUGGAACGGUACAUCGACGAGCAUGUGCCGCAAAUCAAGACGCCCUUGGAGAUCAAACAGGCAUGUUUCGGCUUCGGCCAAUCGAACCCGACAUACCAACUAACGGACGCGACCAACGCCCGCUUCGUGCUGCGCAAGAAGCCCCCCGGCAAGCUCCUCUCCAAGGCCGCGCACAAGGUCGAGCGCGAGCACCGCAUCAUCGCCGCCCUCGGCCCCACCGACGUACCCGUGCCCCGGGCCUACUGCCUCUGCGAGGACGACUCGGUCGUCGGCACGCCCUUCUACAUCAUGGAGUUCCUCGACGGCCGCAUCCUCGAGGACCCGGCCAUGCCCGAGGUGAGCUCGCCCGAGGAGCGCAGGGCGCUGUGGAGGGCCGCGACGACGACGCUCGCGAGGCUGCACCGCGUCACGCCGGCGGGCGUCGGGCUCGAGGGGUUCGGCAAGGCGAGCGGGUUCUACGACCGCCAGGUCCGCACGUGGACGACCAUCUGCGAGAGUCAGGCCGCCGCCGUCGACCUCGAGACGGGCGAGAAGGUUGGCGACCUGCCGCACUUUGGGGAGAUGGUGCGGUUCUUCGGGGACGGGGCCGCGCAGCCGCAGGACCGGGCGACGUUGAUCCAUGGGGAUUACAAGAUUGACAACAUUGUCUUUCACAAAACGGAGCCGAGGGUCAUUGGAAUUCUGGACUGGGAAAUGUCCACCGUGGGUCACCCCCUCUCGGACUUGUGCAACUUCCUACACCCGUACUUCACCGCCUCGCGCGCCGGCAGCGGCAUCUACGCGCACGACGGAUUCCUCCCCGGCGCCACGCCGGGUUUGCCGACGACGGAGGAGAUCGUGGGCUGGUACGCCGCCGAGGCCGGGUGGUCCCCCGCGCCGGAGCUCAACUGGGGCAUGGCGUUCAGCAUGUUCCGGCUCGCGGCCGUGUGUCAAGGCAUCGCGGCGCGUGCGGCGCGCGGGCAGGCGAGCAGCGAGCAGGCGCGGAGGUUCGCCGUCACGAGGGGCCCGUUGGCGGAGUUUGCGUGGGAGCUCGUCGGGAGGAGCCGUGGCGAGGGGGGGGAGGGAGGCAAAGCGAAGUUGUAA